AUGGGGGGCCGGGUGCAGAUCUCCUUCCCGCAGCACGCGGCCUCGCUGCUCGAGUCCCUCAACCUCCUGCGCCUGGAGGGCAAGUUCUGCGACGUCCACGUCCACGUCGGCGGCCGCGUCUUCCCGGCCCAUAAGAGCGUCCUGGCCGCCGCGUCCCCCUUCUUCCAUGACAAGCUCCUGCUGCAGGAUGGGGCCCGGUUGCUUUUGCCCCCCGCCAUCGACCCCGGCUUCGAAGGGCUCUUGCACCUCAUCUACUCCGGGCGGUUGAGUUUGGUGCUGGAUGCCCUGCCCGGGCAUCUCUUGGUGGCCAGCGGGCUCCAGAUGUGGCACGUGGUGGAUCAGUGCUCCGAGAUCCUUCCGGGAGAUGGAGGGGGGACGGGGUGCCGGUGGGGGGCAGCGGCGGCGGCCUCGGCCUCGUCGGCAUCCGGUGGUCGUGGGGGGAAGUCGGCAUCGUCCUGGACCAACCGUGGUGGAGAUGGGGCUUCAUGCAUGACCCAUGGUGGAGAUGGGGCUUCGUGCAUGACCCAUGGCGGAGAUGGGGCUUCGGCAUCGUCCUGGACCAACCGUGGUGGAGAUGGGGCUUCAUGCAUGACCCAUGGUGGAGAUGGAUCUUCCUGCCUCACCCACGGUGGAGAUGGGGUGUGUAUCAGCCAUGGUGGAGAUGGGGCUUCAGCAGUCCUGGACCAACGUGCUGGAGAUGGGGCUUCGUGUGUUGUCCGUGGUAGAGACGGGGCUUCGGCAUCGUCCUGGACCACUCAUGGUGGAGAUGGAUCUUCCCGCGUCACCCGUGAUGGAGAUGGGGCAUCAUCCUGGACCAGCCGUGCUGCGGAUGGGCCUUCCUCCCCUCCAUGGCCCAAGGAGGCGGGCGAGGAGGUCCUCAAGAUCUGCGUGCAGGAGGAGGAGGAGGAGGAAGAGGAGGAAGAGGAGGAUGAAGACGGCGCCCAUCGUGCCGCUGACGCCCUCCAGAUCGUGCUGGAGGAAGAGGAGGAGGAGGAAGAGGACGGAGCGCCCAGAGACACCCACGACCCCCCUAAAGUCUUCUACAUCAAGCAAGAAGCCGGCGAAGCCACCGAGCCUGCAUCCGUGCUGAGCCGCACUCCGCCGGGCUCGGGUACCACGAACACCGCGCUGGUGACCACCACCACCACCAUUUCAACCAAGCCCUCUUGGAAGCCCGUGGACCUGCACGGCAACGAGAUCCUGGGCCCUCCGCCCCUGCACGCGCCGGAGCUGGGAGCGGCUCCGGAUGGGAAACGCUUCGGUUGCUUGUGCGGGAAGCGCUUUGCCGUCAAGCCCAAGCGGGACCGGCACAUCAUGCUCACCUUCAGCCCUGCGGCCUUCUCCUGCGGCGCCUGCCAUAAGCGUUUCAAGCUCAAGCAUCACUUGACGGAGCACAUGAAGACCCACGACGGGGCCGGGCGGGCCUGCGAGCGCUGCGGGACCCGUUUCCGCCUGCGCGGGCUCGAUAAGCACCGGCCGCUGUGCCAGGGGCCGCGUUGGGCAGCGGGCUGCUGGGCUUGCGAGUGA